AUGAGUUUGCAUGAGAUAAAAGAUGUGCUGCUCAGCGAAAGCGUGGUGCGGCUUCCGCCGCAGUAUGACGCGACCGACUUUCUACAGCUGUGUUCACUUAACGAACAGUACCGGAUUCUUGCGAGCAUCUGUCGUAGUGAGAGCCAACGCCUGUUGCGGCGGUUAGACAAUGACUGCAGCGCACGCCACAGCGACGGUAGCGUGAAUGCCACCGAGAAAGCUGAGCAGCAGCAUGACGGCAUCCCCGACGUUUAUUACUCAGCCCGUCUCCUUGCCUUCAUGAGUGGUUGUGGGCAAGAAACAGGGGCGUUGAAUAUACUCAAAAAGGAAGGCCUCCGUCAACAACAGCAGAGGGAGAAGGAAGAAGAAGAACAAGGAGAGCUGUCACGGAGAUGUAAAGAUCAUGAGGUAGAAGAAGCGGAAGCGGCCGAGCGUGCACAACAUGCUCAAGAGGAAGGAGAAAAAAGGGAUGGAUACGAAACGGCCAAUCAGGAGCUUUGGUAUAAUGAAGAGGGAGGUUACUACUACGACAGCUACGGCUACUACGAUGCGGAGGGGAAUUAUUAUAACUUUGAAGGGGAAGAGGCAGGGGAGGCGGGACAAGAAGCCGAGGAAACAAUCGAAGAAUUAAGUGCACAGGUGCAGGAAGCAGUGAUUGAAGGCAUGCCGCGUGAAUCGCAGCAUAGCAAUGAAUUAGAUGGCGAUUCAGAUGUGAAGCAACUCGCGUAUCGCGGAGAUGCCUUUGUAGCAGAGCUGUCCCGCCCAGUGAGUGAUGUUGUGGUGGAAAAAUUGACAACUUCUCUUCGUGUGGUGCCCGAUGAAAGUCAACUAGCGCUAUCUCCCUUCUUUCGUGGCGUAUGCGCUUUGGAGCGUGUCUUCCAAGUUCUUGAGCAGUCACUCACUCCUGUGGAUGUUUUUCUGAGAGAUAAUGAUCUGUUUCCCUCAAUUCCAGUCUGCACCGUUGCCAACUCAAACACCGCUUGGGAAGGGACUAUUGAGAAGAUAUGCCCCGAAUGCAUUCACGUUCUUGCCACCAAGCAACAUUUGCAUAUUGUGUAUGUGCCGACCCCUUUCAGUAAAGGGCGAGAACAACACGUAGUAGACGAACAGGGAGAGAACUUGGGCAUUGUGGCACCUUUUCUAGACUUCACAAUGCAGUCCGGUGUUCUCGUUUCUAUUCCCCUGCAUAGCUGGUAUGGCAGCUGCACCACCUUCUACGGAGCUUUAGGUGACGGCCGAGUGUUGUUUGAAAUGCAUGUGGCACCAUCGGAACAUGCGGCAACAACAUACCAAGGAAAUGGAAUGACGCUGUCAAUGAUUUUUGGAAUUUCUCCUGAUGCGUCUUUUCGCGCUGCACCGCUGGCUUCCCGCCUCAUUGAAUGCUACCAGCAGCGCGUGCUGCACCACCUUGCAAAAAGUGGAGGCAAUUUGGAAGAGUUAAUCCCUCUUCAAUUAAUAAACGCAAAUAGUGGUAGUCUCUACGCAUCCGACAUCUUGCAGCCAUUGUUUGGCUACUCCGCCUUGCUGCUGUGUAAGGACGCUGGAAAUACUUACAACAUCAACACGAUGGGCGAGCUCGUGUACGAUGCUGCAAGCAACUCAGUGUUUUUUAGCAAGGAAUACGGGGUGACUGAACGAGAGGAACUGCGAUUGGAAGAGACCCUUUACCUUGCUCGAAACAUGGAGCCACCGCAGUGGUGUUUUUUGCGUGAGGCACUUGACAGGGUGCAGCAGCAGGAGUCUGAGGAACGCGAAAAACUGAACGCGGAUGCAUGGGCCUUCUAUCGGCGCGACCACCAACCUUCUUUUCACUACGUUGCUUUGUUUAUACUUCCCUUUCUGCGUAUGCAGGAGGCGUCAAUGGCGGAACUUAAAAAAACUGAACAACGUCAACGGGAGCGUCUUUUUCAACAAUUUUUGGACCGUCGUCGCCAGGUUUAUGCUGAGGAAACACGACGCCGACUGAAUGAGCAGUUUGCGUUCGAACGGCGACUGCAACUGCUGCAGUGUUCCAUCGACUUUGAUGUGCUUGUGGAACGAGAAAAGGCCAUGCGUGCGAUGACAGAGCGGGAUGAGGUGCUAGAGCGGCACAGCGGUGAGCUGCAAGAAUGCUUGCUCACCUUGUUGACCUGCCAACGCAUGGGAACAACUCGUCAGACGACACCUGUAAGGGAGGAGGACGUGAUUUUUGUCGCUGGACGUGGGGAAAAGAGGGCACUGAGACAUAUGGAGAAACGGUUUGGGCGGGAAUUGAGCCACUCGCAGGACCCGCAGCAGAAGCGACGCGUCUUGGGCCACUCUGCACAAUCCCUGGCAGUUGACGAUUUUGUGCAGAUGGUUGCGGACGGGCACCGUGGCCCCCCUUUGCCAUGUGCCUCACGCAUCUGCCACGGUAACUUUAUCUUCCCACGGUGUGGCGAUGAAGUGAGUGUGAGAGGGAGUCCCUGCAAUGUGCGGGGAGGCAGUGGAGAGAGAGAAAAAAAACGAGGACGAUAUGUUGGGAUAGUGGAAAAAAUGGGUGAAGAAGAACAGGUGGGGAGGGAGGGUGAGAGAGGCCUAGAGGGAAGUGUGGUGGAUAGAGCACAUGACCCCCAGCGCACAUAUCGUAGUUCAGUCUAA